AUGUGUUUAUGCGGGUUGCUGUCCAUAUCGCACUCGGUUAAUUUGGUCAUUUGUAUCGAGGUUUGUCCAUUUUAUCUCAUUUUUCUCAUCUUUUUAUCACCAAAAAUAUCAUAAAUACUUCAUUUAUCCAAAUAGAACUCUCUAUUCUCAAGAAUCUGCUUUUCACGAUUUUUCUCUCUCUUUUUUCAAUCAAUCAAAAAUGAACCAACGCUUUAGUUGACUUGAAGGUUUCAGUUAUAAUUCAAUUUCUGAGUUUUGAGAAGUCGUCAAUGUGAAUAGAUAAGGAUAGAAAAGGCAAGGAGAAGAAAAAUGGUAUAGAAAAAAAUUUAUUUGGUAUAAGUCCCACGAAAAGUCAAAAGGUAGUGGUUUGAAAAUUUGAUGAAAUUUGGUAUAAAGGUACUCUAGGCCACCCUGAUACCAAACGAAUUGAAACAAUGUGCCUUUUUGUGUUUUAUUCGAGUUUUUUAAUGAAUAAAUAAAUGGCAAAAAUAAAUCCCACCUAAAAGAUUCGAACCCGCAUCACAAGAUCCACAGGCAAGGCCCCUAGCCACUACACCACGCUGCCUUCUGGCAGCUUCUAAUCUCAAAAUUCAAUUUUUUUUCAGCUCAAAGUACCGUGAAAAAAGAUACGAAAACUAUUUAUUGCUCACAACUUCCUCAUAUAGGGCUCAACUUUUACAAAACUUUAUAGAGCUGAUUUUUUUUUCCUGCGAACUGAAAUUCCACCACAGUGAUGCAAAUAACGGUCACCACAUCUACAGAAAGUUCAAAAAGAUCAAACUCCACACAAGAAAGUUGUGAUCGAAAAAAGCGUUUUUUUCGUAUCUUACAAAGCUUUAUUUGGGAUUGGUGUCCUGAAAUACAUAAAUAUCAAGCUUCAACAUUUUCACAUCAUCUAAGGCAUUCCCCAUGCUCAGUUGACAAGAAAGUUUUCAUCAAGAACCCUGAAAAUUUAGGUAUUUUUCGCCCUGGUUCUGCUGAUCCAAUCGCCUGAUUUGCUCACAAUGAACGGGACGUAUUUCUAUUUUCUGGGCAUGUUCGACGGCGGCGGCAUCUUCUUCUUCACUCUUCAUGUUACUGGUUCGUUUUGGAAUUUUUUUUUGAGAAAAAGAGAGUUGAAGCUUUUGGAAAGUUUGAAAAUUUCGCCAGUGAAUAAGAGAAAAAAAAGGCCUAGCACUAAAGCCAAUGAUCGCACGAGGAAUGGCUAACGCGGUUUGCGCGUCCGACCCAAAGCGGCUUUCGCACAGAACAUACAAAUUUUGAUUAAUAGGUGGAUCGUGAAUUGAAGAACAUGUAGGCUUUUCUGAAAGUUGGAAGAGCCUUGAGAAACAUUAUUUGAAGCCAUUUUUUAACCAGUUAAUCCUAAAAAAUUGGGUCUUAAUAAGCAGCGCAAUACACUAAUUAAUGAAAUUACAUUGGGAUUUUCGGUGCAUCAUUUUGCAGUUAGGCUGACUUCAGUCUGUCGCCAAAAAUCUAAAACCCUUAAAUUUGAUGAUUUGACUACUAAGGAUGAGAAGACGAAUAGAAGCAUUGAAAAAUUUUAUUUCGAAAUAUUCAAAAUACGCUCUUCUUUGUAUUCCUGUUUCCUUGAAAAACCUCAUUUUUCCAUUUUUCAGGCGCCUGCGAAGUCUGGUGGUGUCUUCUGACCGUUGAAUACUACCGACACAUGUGUACCCAGAAGCUCCAGCCUCCUUGGAGUAUCGAUCCGAUCGUUUUCAGUAAAAAUAGCGUUGUUUAAUUUUGUUAUAUUUCUUUUCAAUUUUCAUCACGGGUUUCUUCACAAUUUUUGCAUCAAAAGCUCAAAAUAAAGGGUUCGAAUUUUUUUAUCGCUUGAAAGUUUUUUAUAAAAUGCUGCGCUGUGAAGAGACAUUUGUUCAUUGAAGAGUUAUCCGUUUUUCAAGUUUUUCGAUUUUGGAAAAAAAUCCAAAUUUGCUUAGUUUAAGUUUGAAUAACGUUGUGUAUCACCUUUUCUGAGAAUAAUCAAGAAUAAUGUAACGUGAAAACUUUAAAAGGCAUUCGCUUGAAUUUUCAACUCAAAAGUUGAGAUUUUCAAAUUUUGUUGGUUACUGUAUCACGCUAGAUCGUAAACACCACGUCAUUGCGGAAAUCGCAUUUUAUUUCACGUGCAGCUCCCGCCGUUUUACGCAUGUUUUAAAAAAAAAGAUGGUAUAGCUGAUUCACGGCUCUCUUGAGCCAUCGAGAAAAGGGUCCUGCCACGAAAAUAGACGAGACAGUGCCUUGGUUAGUGGAGAGUGCAGACAGGCCACGUCUUUUUGCGUCCCAAGCUAGCCGUGAAUCGUCUAUAGUGCGACAUGGGAGGUAAAAAUAAAAGCGGGUCCUAAUUGCGAGUAUCAAAAAGGGUCGUCGUUUAUUGCGCCGGGUACGCAAGCAACGCAUCCUACGCGCGACGGUAGAAAUUGGGAAGAACAUCUUUGCGGACUCCGACGCUCAUUUUCUUUGCUUUUUUCGUCAAUUUUUGUUUAAUUCGUCAUUCUGAUCAGUAAUACAACAUUUUGACUAGAACAAGAAAUGAAACGGUCUUCAGAAUUUUUGGCAAACGAGAAAAAAAAUUUUUUUAAUUAGUGUAAAUAAACAGUUAUAAAACUAAUUUUUGCAAUUUUUCUGAAUAAAUCGACGCGCAAGAGUGAAAAAGAAAAUUAUAAUCCCACAAAAAUUUUUUUAACAUUCGAAAAAAAUUUUUCUUCAAUUUUUACGUUCAGCACUCAACGCCAAAAUAUCGUAUUAUUCAUCAAAAAAAUUAAUUAAACAAAAAUGACGAAAAAAAGCAAAGAAAAUGAGCGUCGGAGUCCGGCGCAAAGAUGUCCUUCCCAAUUUUUUUACCGUCGCGCGUAGGAUGCGUUGCUUGCGUACCCGGCGCAAUAAUCGACGACCCUUUUUGAUAUUCGAAAUUAGGACCCGCUUUUAUUUUUACCUUCCAUAUCGCACUACCAUCUGCUAACGGUCAUUGUCAAUACCGGAACCGAUAAAUUCAGAUCUCCUUUUCAAAUUGAGUAAAAUGUUUAAAAAUGAUACCUUAGUUGCAAUAAAAAUAUAUAAUAAGAUCGGUUUAAAAAAACGAUUCCGAGUCAUUUAAUAAAUGUUCAGUCAUGGAAAAUUGAUUCCACAGCAGCUGUUUUCUUCCUUACUCAAUAAAAAAAACCGGGAACGAGUAAUAAAUCUCAAGUUUUUGAAGACGAAUUACUCGUCGACAACUCAUUGGACGGCCAAAUCCCGUUCCGCUUCUUCGCCUCAUUUUUUCCCUCUUGGCGAAAUGAGCCCCGAGGCGGUUAAAUCGCUGCAAAUUGCUCCAAUUGAGCCGUCUUCUUCUUUCUUUUUUCAUUCGUCUUUACUUUACUCGCCGCCUUUUUUAUUGCUACUUUCCUGUCUUCAGCUGGUCUUUUUUUUGCAAAAAAAAGUUUCUUGGGAGGUUUUUUGAUUUGAGUUGAGGUUUGAACUUUUAAAUUCUGUUUCAGGGCCUUUUACUGUCCUCUUCAAUAGAUCAGGUACGUAUAAAAAUUUUUUUAUUGAGAAUUGAUAGUUGAGAAAAGAAUAAAUUGCAAAAAGCCUUGAGGAUUGAUCCGUUGACUUCACCGUGAUAAACUAACGCUUCAUCCAUUACACCAUAAAAUGCCUUUUUGAAAACUUUGCGAUUAAAAUAAGUGAAGAAGCUCGAAAAAGAUACACUAAAAAUGAAAAAUAAAAAUCGACAAAGCAAGAUAUUAAUAUCACAAAUAUAAAAAAAAUCCAUUUUUUCUAGGAAAAAACAGGAGAAUGGAGGGGCGCGCGCGAGUUGCAUUCUUAGCCCCGCCCAUAUCAUUGUGCCUCGCCCAUUUUUCCGUGCAAAAUGAGUUUUUAAAAAAAGUGGUCCUUUUUCAUUAUUAUUUUUCAAAAUUUAACUUUGAAAAAUUCCAUUCAUUUAUUUCAUUACUAUUCCAUCAAAAAAUACGGCCACUUUUUCUCUUUUUUUAUUUUUCUCCACAAGUCCAAAAAAACUCCAAUGGCUUCUUUCGAAAAUAAAAAGAUUUUUUUGAUAAAAAAACGAGGGUGUCAUGAGAAUAAAACAAGCAUCUUAUAAGGAAAAAAAUAAAAUCUUUACUUCCUGAUUAAAAAAAUAAAAUUAUUCAUCUCCAGAUUGAAGUUUUUUGAAAAUUGAAAAACGCUGGUUUUGACGUUUUUUUCCCGAGAUCUUUAAUCUCCGCCCAUAUUUCCUGAUACUAAUUAGCUAUAUAUCUAUCCGGGUGGAGAACAAAUUUGGAGGAGAAAAAAAAAUAGGAUAUCUCAUUUCCAAUCUGGCUCCGUAGCAUCUUUUUUUAGCUUGUUUUUCUCUUCCAUUUUUUGGAACACCCUCCGUUUUUGUUGGUUUUUUGAACUGAAUGAACAAAUUUCAUCAUUCUACUUAAGCCUUGAGAGAAACUUGAAUUGUGUAUUUUUUUUUGUUUUUUCUUUCCUAUAAAGGAGGUCUUCCUACUUUUCGGUUUGAAAAUUCCUGAAAUUUGGUCAGCACACUUCUUGAUGUACCAGAAGAAGAUCCAGAAAAUAUCAACUUCCAAAACUUCCUAGUUUUCGAGAAACAAAAGCUCAAAGCCCCAAUUUAGCUAUUUUUACAAGUUUUGGGGAUUUUCUUCUACUUUCAGGUGUCCUUUCUAAAUAACUUGGAAUUUUCGCAGGUUGAAACUUUCAGGAUCUUAUUCUAUAGUCUGUUCAGAUUUUGAAUGUCAAGUAGAAUGACGUCAUUCAAAAACGCUCUGUGGGUGGCUCGCUCUCUGAUUGGUUUAUCGCACCAUGAGGGGCGGAGCUUGAGCGACGACUUGACACUCAAAAUCUGAACAGACUAUAGUACAUCAAGAAGUGUUCUGGCCAAUUUUCAGGAAAUUCCCAACCACAAAGUGAAAUGAUCUCCCUUGCUAGUCUAGAUUUUCAAGAUUUUCAAUAAAUCAUCAUAUAAUCAGAAUUUUCGAUUUUUUUCCACUUGGAAGAUUGAAAUAAACCGAUUUUUGAAAUUCAGAACUACAAAAAAAGCCGAUAUUGAUUCUGAUUCGACCUCGCCACGAUUAUCACGCUUCUGACUCCGUACCGCGACACUCUCUACGUAUUUUUCGGCGUCGGUUGUCUCGCCGCCUGGCUUUUCUUCAAUUUGUGGGCCCUCAGGUUCGAUUAGUACAUUUCAACUUCAUAUGUAACUAAAUUGGACCUUCAACAAAAAAAAGAAAAAAAUAUCAACUUUGAUUUUUAAAUCGAGAAAUUUUCCUUGAAGCGGAUUUCCACUAAAAAUACUAAUUUUUUUGUGCAAAUUAUAAAAUUGCUUCAAAAGUUCAAUAAAAAAACAACCUAAAUUUUUUUCUUUUUGGCGUCAUUCAUUGAAGAAAAAAAGGUAUCAAACUUCAAAAUAUCAACAAAAAAACCGGGGUUUUUUUCCCGUCAUUUUGAGUCAAAAAAACAGUUUUUAAACUAUUCAGUUAUAGUCAGAAAGUUGUUAUCUUCGAACAAAAAAAAAAAAAAAGGGCCUGUUUUCUCAGCCAAAAAAACAUUUUUUUAAAUCCUCGUUCGAAAAAGAAUAAACACCAAAGUUUUGGUCAAAUUAAUGCACAGAAAGUUUAUUUUUUUAAAUUCAAUAAAUCUGGGAAUUCAAACUGCUAAGAAACCCUAGAGUGGCUCCUAGGUGGUCCUAAUACAGGUUAGGAAAAAAUUGCCCCUGUGUGGGACAUAAAAGUCCCCUUAAAAUUUAAGUAGUCCCUUUAGAGGUUUCGGGUCUGACUUCCAAGCACCUGAAGCUUAAGUAGUCCCUCCAGGGUCUUUUUCAAAUAUUAAAAACUAAAAACGUAUUUAAAGCCAUGAUCGGUUAAUCCUCUAUUGAAAUACUUUUUGCAAGCUUCAGUGACCACUAUAGGAGGAGGUAAAGUGGUCACUAGAGGAAAAUCUUCAAAGGUUGCCCCUAUAGAGACCACUCUGACAUUCCUGAGAGUGAAACUCUCUUCGAAGCUAUUACUCGUAGGCUUUUUUAGUCAACAUUUCUGAAAAAUAAUUUUUAGCAUGAACGAAGAUUUUUCUCCUUUUAAAAAUCUAACAAAGAUUAUUUUUUUCAAGUUCAGAAAAAAAUAUAUACAUAUAAUGAAUCAAGCCUCUAAUCCCAUGUUUUCCAAGGCCAAUUUUUCAUUCCCCUCCAUAUUUUGGCGUCAUAAAUAUAGGCUAUAAGUAGGCGGGAAAGUACUACAAUUUUCGAUUCGACUAAAACGCCUCGGAAAAGACAAAAAGAAUUUUCCCCCAGGGGGCGAUUUUGGACCAAAGAAAAAAAAAAUCUCGUGCAAAACAAUUACUUAUCCUAGAAAAAAAGUGUGGGUGUUGAGAGAAACGAUGUUUCAAAGUUCUGGAGAGCGGGGAAAUCGAUUAUCUAGAAAAUCACUCUUAAAUUUAGCAUAAACUUUAAUUUUUUUGAGAAACAAAAAAAUAUUUUUAAGAGGGAAUCUUUUUGUAGAAUAAUGCAUAAAAUCCAAAAAAAUCACUCCUAAAUAAUUUAGGCUAAAUUCAGCAAAAAAACUUGAAUUUUAAGAAAAAUUAACUACUUUUAAUAAGAAAAAUCGGAUAGAAAGCAGUUAUUACCGAAUUUUGAUUUUAAAAAAGGACAUGAAGUUUGAAAAAUAACUUAAAAAUGCCGUAAUUGCUUUCAGAAGAAAAUAAUCAAUUUCAAGAAUAAAGAUUGGAAAAAAAGCAGAAAACGAAACUUUUCUUGACGAAAAGUAAUUUUAAAACUUUGAACAUCAAAGUAGCAACAGAAAAUGUUGAAAUAAACAAAAAAAAAAUGAAAAAAAAAAUGCCGAUCGAUAUUGUCCAUAGAGCAACAUUACAUCAUAUUUUCCUGAAUUUUGAGUGAACUGUUUGAAACAGAAGUUAAAGCUUUAUAAGAGGGCGAUUCUCAAAAUUAAUUUUUUUGUACUGAUCCUGCGCCUUUAAUAAGCAAGAGACUCCUUAAGUUAUUUUUGCGAUAAAGCUUGUCAGAAUUGAAAAUCGACCUUUAUUGGUGAUAAAUUGAAGAAAACAGAGCUUUUUUCAAUCAGAAAGUGGGCUUUUUAGUGGAAAGGGAAGGGGACCCUUGCGUGAAUUGGUUCAGUUAGAAAAUUCAAACAACAGAUCAGGGAUUUCAUCGUUCAUUCUCAUUAUUCUUUCUUUGAAACAUGAAUUUGAGUCAAUUUCCGUGAUUAAUUGCAGAGAAUUCUUCUGCCCUUGGUUCUUCCCGCCGCCGUCGAAAAUGAACGAGAACUCACGGAGGGCCGCGGAAAAGUUGCUCCAACUCAAACUUCAAUACGUCAUACAGUACGCUUUUUUCAUAGUUACGAAAAUAUUCUUUCAAGGGGCCACUACGUUUUCGAUCCCUGCAUUGCACCGAAUGGUAGAGAAGCACUAGAAGAGUUGAAAAAAAAAAUGAAAACUAGUCAAGGGAUCACUUUUCAUCGCGUCUAACAAUUCACUAAAGUGGCCACUUUCCGGUGUCUAAUAAUUCACUUAAGUGGCCACUUUCAUGCGUCCAAAAAUUCACUGAAGUGACUACUUUCUCGCGUCUUAGAAUCCCCUAAAGUGACCCCCUUCCCGCGUCUAAAAAUUCACUAAAGUGGCCACUUUCUCGUUUCUAACAGUUCACUGAAGAGGUCACUUUCUUGAGUCAAAAAAUUUGCGAAAGUGACCACUUUCUAGCGUCUAAAAAUCAUUGAAGUGAUCCCUUUCUAGCGUCUGACAAUUCCCUAAAGUGACCACUUCCUUAUAAAUUCUCAACUCCGCCCCCGUAAUACUUAUAGUGCAAAAAAGUGACGAGUUUCGGUUCCUCGUGGGCGUUCCAAGACCAAAAAGCAACAAAAUCUGAGUGGCUACUUAAGGGCUCGACUUCUGGCGAGCGUCUGCGAGGCUCCGCCCCCCGACAGCCUCAAUCACGUCGGCGAUCUCGACCGCUUCAUCGUUUGAAGCUUUUGAACUUAUAUAUUAUUUAAUUUCAACUACCGACCUCAAUAAAUUAUUACCUAUAAUAUGAGCAAUAUUGUGCAAUAAUCAGAAAAAAGUUGAAAUUUCGGAGUUUUCUCUUCUUCAUUUCUUUGAUGAGCAAUAAUAAACUUUAUAUUGAAAAAAUUCUUGAAAAAUGCUGUAACAUGAGCAAUAGCCUUAGAUUAGCUCCGCCCAUUCAGGAAAAAUAAGAAAAAUAUCGAAAAAAUGGGUCAUCUCUCUAAUCUGAGCAACAUGAACGUCAUCGAAAAUUCUAAAUUUGCGCAAAUAUUUUUUAAAUUUUGCUUUUUUUUCACGUGAUAAAUCAUGCUCAAAAUAAUAAAUCAAGUUUUUCUUAUCACUAUUUUUCUCAAGGUUUUAAAAUUCACGUGAUUUUUUGGUGAUAUCUUAAGGUUCAUUAAUGAUCCUUAAUCACUUAUUUUUUUGACAAAUCUGGGAAUUUUUUUUUUUUUAGAAGGAUCAAAAAUCAUUACGAAAAAAAUAUAAAAUUGGAAAAGUUAACAAUUUUUUUGGAGUAAACUGGAACUUUUUAGUAAGAAUUCGAAAAUUUUUUUAGCUCAAGGGUUACAUACAAAAAAACCAAAGACUUCUUAAGGGACUACUUGGAGCGAUCAUAAAAAAAUCGAAGUGACGACUUAAGUGAUCCGAAAAAAAUUUUUGUUUUUUUACGCAUUCUCCCAGCUUAAAAAAAUCGAAUAGUUUCUCAAGAUCCCUCAAGUGGACCCUCAGUCUUUUCUUCGAGUCAAGUAGGCACUUGAGGAGUCGAAAAAGUGUCCUCUUAAGAACUUUUUCUUCCUAGAAAGUCUGAAUAGUCAUUUAGGACCAAUUAUAUUUGAUUUUCGUGUCGCAAAAAUCAAAAAAUCUCAAAAAUCAGCUUUUUCCAGACCUUCUUAAGAUUGAAACUCAUUACUUCAAAAAUUAAUCCAAAGAUCAACUUAUCCCCUUAUCAUAAUCACCUUAUCAGUUGGGGCCAUUUAUUUACGUUCAAGCCCUUUUUUUCAUUGUUUGGCAUCUAAAACUGUCUGUGAAUGCGGCCUCCUUAUCACUAUACGAUUGGCAAUAUAUUCAUUUUCCUUUUUCUAAUUGGCCCUAUCUCCGCUUUACAGUCCGUUUUCGCUUGGAAUAUUGUUAGUGACGUCAUAAAAUGAGUAAAAGUGACGUCAUCUUUCACACUUUUUCAGUCGAUUGGAAUUCCGUUUUACGGUUUUUUUUUGGACUUAAAGUUCGUCGUGACGUCAUAAAAAUGAGUGAAAAUGACGUCAUUCUUCAAAUUUUCUCUAACCGGCCGUGUUUCCGUUCUACAGCCCAGUCUCCCUAAAAAAUACUGUUAAUGACGUCAUAAAAAUAUGUAAAAGUGACGUCAUUCUUAAAUUUUAAUGUCCAGCCACCCGUAUUUCUUUUAGUACAAUGACGUCAUCAAAAUUAUUCAAAAUGACGUCAUUUUUCUUUUUUUGGUUACAGUAACCCUCCUUAAAAUUGAUUGCUGCAAAAAUAAGCCGAAAAGUGACGUCAUCGCAAUUAAAAUGUGUUUUUAUGACGUCACUUCAUCCUUAUUAAAACUCAUGACGUCACUUUAUCAUAUUUUGGACCUAUGACGUCACUAAAUCCUAUUUGAAACUUAUGACGUCAUUUUAUUAUAUUUGAACUCAUGACGUCAUUAAAUCCUAUUUCAAACUUAUGACGUCAUUUUAUUAUAUUUGAACUCAUGACGUCACUAAAUCCUAUUUCGAACUUAUGACGUCAUUUUAUUAUAUUUGAACUCAUGACGUUACUGUAUCUUAAACUUAUGACGUCAUUUCACAAAAAUUUUCAAAACCUUGUAAAAAACUUUUUCAUAGUCCCAGGUCCUACCUACUUCCUUUUACUCACGUUAAACUUAUUAAAUGACGUCAUUUCCUCGGCAUUGUCCAUAGAGCGCACAAAAAACGCCGAGUUCAUUGUCCGGAGGCUCUAUUGUGGAACUGGAAGCCACGCCCACAAUCUUGGAGUUCCAAAAUCUUCCUCUCAAUUUUCUUCCUUUUCGAGCAGUUUUUUUUUCUCAAAGAAUUCCCGGCUCAUUAAAUUCUCUUCAUAAAAAUUUCAUCGAAGACCCGAGUUCCAUAUUUUCAGCCUAUUUUUCACUUCUUCGGCCAGCAAAUGCGAUUUUUCCUGGUUUUUUUCAUCGUCACUCUGUUCAUCUCUUUCACCAACGCCCAGCGAGUUUUCGAUCUUCUCGAUGAGAAAGUCAAGUGAGUUUUCGCGAAAAUUCGAAAUUUUCACAGUUAAAACAAAAAAAGUGAUGAAAAAUACAAAAAAUCUGAGCGCGACAUGGGAAAGUGGGCGGGGCUUGCCUGCAAUCGCCGCGCGGUUUACCUCGUUCAGCUCAUUUUUCAUUUUUUUACAAGUUUCAAAUUACUCGGACCUCCUGAUUUUAUUGUAUAAUUAUUUCUUCAAUUUCUAAAAUUUAUUUAAAAAAUAUAGGUACCGAUUAAUUCAAAAGCUCAAAAAAAAGUGGGCGGGGCUUGCAAAUGGUGCACACUUUUCAAGAUCCCACUUGGAAAAAAAGUCCCAAAUUCCAGCCCUGAAGACGUCCAACAAGUCCAAGAAGGCGCUCUCGAAAAUGCGAGGCCAGAUUUCGAUAAUUUUGAAAGGUAGUCAAGUGGCUUGAGUGAUAGUCUGUGAGUCGUGGGCUUGUUGGUUCGAGUCCUCGGGACGGGAAACGGCAAAAACCAGCCUACAGUACCUUAUUACAGUACGAUGCAAGGCGCCGGUCAGCCGUACCACCGGAAAAUGUACAUGAACGCUUUCCGGGGCCCUUCAAGCCUACUGGACAUCCUCCGUCGUGAUUAUUGA